UCCCUUUUCUAUGAAACGUUUCGCCGAAUACAAUUCUUUCAACACUUUUGACCCUUUCAACUGUUUUCAACCACUUUCAACUGUCUUCGGAUCGUGACAACACACAUCUGCACUGAAUUUUCGCGUAUAAAGCUGUCGGAGGUCGAAGCAAACUUAUUCAGGAUUUAGUUUUCUAACCGCCAACCGACACUUGUGUAAUAGCUGCAUACGAUAUUUAGCGUUAUAGAUAUACUGUCACACAAAUGAUGGAAAGUGAAGUUGAAAGUUCCGUAUUACGAAUUGUAAAGAAUGAUGCCGAAGACGACGAUUUACAGUAUUUUUCUUCUAUUGACGCCGCUACGAAAGAAUGGAUUAAUUCACUUAAUCACAUAUGGCAAUUGUGGAAAGAAUGUGAUAGUUUAAGGAAAACACUAACAGAUUAUUUUGAAAGUGCACCAAAUCCAUAUUUGAGUACAUUACGAAUUAUGGUAAAUACCCCAGGCUUUAUGCAUAUGAAACAAGACUCAUCGUUAACAUUAACGAUUAUUGAAGAAUUUUCAAGGUGGUUAAAACCACAAAGUGACAAAGUCAAGCACUUUUUAGUCACAGAUUUGAAAAUAGCUGCAUUCAGAUUGAUUGUUAGGCAACGUAAUAUGACUUUCAUUAAAACGGUUGCUAAUACAUAUGGGUUUCUAGAAGACAAAGAAGUAUUUAUUCAUUUGAUUGAGAAUAUGAUUCAGGAAAAUAUGUACAAAGAAGCAGCACAGUUUGCAGUUAUGCUUCAAUUACAAAAGCACUUCCAAAAACUGGAGGUUUUGUUGAUACCACUUAUUUUACAAAAUAAGCUAUCAAUUGUUGAGCAAUUUUUAGCUGAUGAACCAGAAAUUCAAAAAUCUUUAAUCCAGUAUUUGGAUAAUUUAGUUGCAUCAGAUAAUAAUAUGCACGAAGAACUAUAUAAAAUCAUUGAAGCAUCGAAUAUACCAGAUAUAAAAAUUUCUACCAUAGAUGUAAAACCGAUGAGUAAACUUAUAGCACGUUUUGUUAAAUUGUACAAUCUGCCACCUAACAUUUGUGGCAAUGUAAACAAAAAACGAAAUGAAGGUGCUCUGCAUUUUCUUGUGCAUAAACGUUAUAUGGAUUGUACUUUAAGUCUUGAAAGCUGGAGAGAAAUGGUACAAGAAGCGGUUGGAAAUGAUCGAAACUUACAACUCAACUUGAUAAGAUUGUUAAUUAAUGUCAGAGAUGCUACAGAAGGAUUAUAUUGGUGUAGAGAAUUCAACAUACCUAAAGAACAGUGGCCAUGGGCAAUUUCGUACGAAGCUGAAGGAAUAAACGAUGGAGCUUCCACUAGUAAAGAAGAAAUUAGUUUGAAAAAAAAUUAUCAUGAAUUGAACAUGUCAAGAAACUGUAUUAAAUUAGUGGAUACUCCACAUAAAUUUGAACAAUUUCUUGAUAAUGGAUUAAAGAAUGUCCACAUUGUUGCCAUCGAUUGCGAAUGGAAACCUAGUUUUGGUAUAAAACAGACUGAUAUAGCUUUGAUACAAAUAGCCACCGCAAAUUAUGUUUACAUCUUAGAUGUAACUACCAUGGCAAAUAAUGUGAAGGGAUUGUGGUCUGAGCUAGCCUUAACCCUCUUUGACAACACUGACAUAUUAAAGCUCGGAUUCGGUAUAGCUCACGAUGUAACGGUGAUACGUGACAGCAUACCAAUUUUAUCCAACAUAAAAACACAGGGACAAGGAUAUAUAGAUAUAGUUAACUUGUGGAAAAAGUUAGUGGACGAGUAUAAUUUUGUAUUUCCACACGAGGAUGAAAAUCCACUUGUUAAAAAAAAUUUGAGCAAACUCGUGGAGCUUUGCUUUGGUCGAGAAUUAGAUAAGUCGGACCAGUUUUCCAAUUGGGAGCAACGGCCCUUAAGAGAGAGCCAAAUCAUAUAUGCUGCGCUAGAUGCAUAUUGUUUAUUGGAAAUAUAUGAGGUUUUGAAAACUCAAUGUGAACAAAUUGGUAUACCAUUUUUCAACAUUUGUAUGGAACUACAGCACAUUAGAAACUGGACACCAAAAAACAGUAGAAAUAAACCGACAAACAAGCCUAGUGUACCUGUAAUGGGAUUGUCAAACUCUAAUAGGAAAAAAAAUUCUGAGACUUUUAACUCAAGUCAUGUCAAAAAAAUGCAAACAAAUCAACCAGGAGAAAUUAAUCUGAAUACAACACCAAUCUGCGGGUGGCGUGCAGCAUGUGACCCGAAGUUAAUUGGUUUAUUGCGUAAAUUACGAUCGUGUGGUUGCGACUGUGUUUGUGUAUCGAUCGAAGAUAGUGUCAAAGUAGCAAACAAUGAAAAUAGAGUAUUUUUGACACAAAAUAAAGACUAUCUAAGGUUUUCACGAUGUUUACCACCUGAACGCUGCUUUUUCGUAUUAGGUGAUACGUCUGAUAUACAAUUACAAAACGUACUGAAUCAUUUCCGUGUUUCCGUUACACCAAUGGACAUUUUUACCCGGUGCAAAUUUUGCAAUUGCAAUGAAUUCGCUAGAGUUCCCAAGAUAAUAAUGGUUGGACUUAUGACCAGACGCUUCAGGACGGUAAAUAAUAUUCAAUAUCAGUCGAAUAGUAGGAAUGAUUUGUAUGCAACAAAUUACCGUACUUUCAAUCAUGAAUAUAAUGCACAGCGAAAAUGGACUUUAAACACCAAUUCCAUAGAUAUAAUGACUUGCAAAACCAAAUAUGGUGCUGAAAUUCAAAUUGACGAUGUAUCGGAUCACAUCCUGAAAAUUGAGCAAUGUUUUUAUAUAUGCGAAAAAUGUGGGAAAGUGUACUGGCUGGGUAAAAAUUUUAAGCGUUGCAUGGAUUUCUGGAAUGUAGAAAUCAAAAACAAUCAUCUUCAUUGA